UUAAAGUGAGAAUUCUAAGAUUAAAAGUCUGAAUUCUGAGAAAAAAAGUCAGAAUUCUAAGAUUAAAGUCAAAAUUCUGAGAAUAAAAGUCAGCAGUCAGAAUGCUGACUUCCAGUGGCCCUAAUUCUCUUCUGUAAUGUAUGUAGAAAUUAUUCUUGUAACUUUUGUGACGGAUGAAGUAACAACUGAAAACUUUGUAGUCUGUGUUUAAAUUUUUCACAUUUUUUUCUACUUGUCGUCUAAAUGUAUUGUGUUGUGUUUCAGUGGAAUGAAAUAAAAGAGAGAGAGUAAAAACGCAUUGGUAUUAUCUGUGGCGCACUUUCAUUAUUAUUCAUGCGGCGGGAAGUCUUGAUAGGGAUUCCUGGGACGUCUCCAAGGCAACCAGAACCUGACGCAGACUCCCCCCCGCCCCUCCUCCGGGCGCUCCCUGCUCAAAAACAAGUGGACCGUGGUGGAGCGGGGAUGUGAGGGAGAGAGAGAGAGAGGGAGAGAGAGGAGGAAGAGGGACUGGGCUCGUCGUGAUGGUCUUCAGUGAUGCUGCUGCUGCUGCUUGGAUCCAGGUCGGCAGAGUGAGAGCUGGAGCUGCAGGAAAGUCUAUCAAGAUACCCAGCCUCUGAAACAUCAAUGGAUCUAUAAAAAGUCCUUUGAGGAUCCACUUCCUUGAAAGAACCCAGAGCAUACGCGACAACAAAUGAGGCCACAAACGAGGAACAGAAAUCUAUUUUUGUUUUGACACAUUUUGAAGCAUCUUUUUGUCCCCGAGCAGAUGAAAUGAACGCCUCCAAAGCUCCUCAGAUCACAGUGGACGAAGCUUGUGUCCUCGAGGAGGCCGAAUGUGCUGAAGGAGUGGAUCCGCCUGCAGAUGACCAUCUUAUGAACCUGAAAGCUUUGACUGAGAAAUUAAGACUGGAGACCAGGAGACCUUCUUACCUGGAGUGGAAGGCCCGUCUGGAGGAUGAAAGCUUCAAAGAGUCAGGGAACGGGAAAGACCUGAGCCAAGCUGAAGCAGAGGGGAAAGUGGUCGCACCCAAAGAGAGUGCGGUGAACUCUGAUGUGAUUCAGUGCAAGCUAUCGUCAGGUGUGCUGAAGGGAUUUGGGAACAUUGAUGAAGCUCUCAGUUGGCUGAGAAGAGAACUGACAGACAUGCGUCUGCAGGACCAGCAGCUGGCCAGGCAGCUCAUGCGGCUCCGAAACGACAUCAACAAGCUGAAGAUAGAGCAGACGUGCCACCUGCACCGCCGGAUGCUCAAUGACGCCACCUUUGGCCUCGAGGAGCGGGAUGAGCUGUCGGAUCUGCUGUGCGAAUGUCCGGUCACCCCGGGGCUCGGCCUCUCUGCCCCGCUGAGACUCAUCGGUGUUACCAAGAUGAACAUUAACUCUCGCCGCUUCUCGCUCUGCUAGAGGACGGGAUCGCACCUCGGGCAGAAAAUACUGGAAACUAAACAGAUAUUAUCUUUGCUGCAGUCAGAGGGUGGUGAAACUCAGACUCUGCCACAGUGUUGAGAAUGAACAUAAAGGAAUUGGGCUUAGUUGGUACAUUUGUAGUAAACCAUAGACUGCAGCUGUGUUAACAAACCUCUGAUUUUAUACCUGUAUGCUGUCUUGACUUGACACAGAUACUUACAGUUUCACAUAUUUAUAAACAUUUUAAAAUUUACAGCUAGUUUCUAUCAGCCUUUUAAUCCUUUACAGUUGUAGAUUAAAUUUGUGUAAUCUGUAUAUUUCAAUUGUUAUCUGGGCUUUUAAUCAAAUCAAGCUCAGGAUGUAAACAUUAAGCUAUAUUUUACUGCACACUGACCUCUGUAUGAUGCUUUCAGGUACAUCCAUGAACUGGAUCCUAAUUGAAUUGUUUUGUGCUUUUAAUGAAUACUGCAAUAUUAAUUCAGAUGUUGCACCACGUGAGGCUUUAUGUAAUGCAUAAUUGAGUUAGGAAGCGUAGCAUCAGUUUUGCAACCACUUUUGUUUUUUUGGAGAAUAUAAUGAAGAUCUAUUCUUUAUAAUGACCUGCACUAGUUGGCUUCAAGUCUUGUUCUGAAGUUUCCCUUUAUAAUUCAGAAUGUAUUCAGGUCUUAGACCAAGCUUUGUGCUUUUUAUGCUCUAUAUCCCAGUCUGAAAGUAACCAUUUAAGAUCACAUUGUCUGUUUGAAACAAAAACAUGGCUGAGUUUUCACUCUUGUAGGUCUCUGUUUGCACUGCAUGAAAUAGAAAUAUGGAGCUUGUUAGGAGCCCUAAGUCAUAUCAGUAGUUAUAAUGGAUCAUCAGAGGUUACUUUGCCUUACUAACUUUCUUUUUUUACCUCAUUAAAGCCACUAAUGAGAAAAUGUUUAAAAGAAAAUUCUACUGCCAAGACAGUUGGAUGUAGUAUUUUGCAGUUUGCAGGGGUCAAUGAAACGUGAAGCAGAAGAAAACAACUGCAGUCAUCUUGAUCUUGACUGGAAAAUAUCUUAAAACUGGUUUGGUACUUUUAAAUAUCACCUCUUAGUGCUAAUGUGUGUUCACAAAUGUACUAUAAAUAAACAAUCCAC